AUGUGCGCAUUGAAGCGCACCUACCCUCGGUAUCUCCCUCUCCCCCGCUCUGCAUCACACUGCACCCUCAGGGAGGCGGAAGGCAAGGUGAAGGAGUCGACCACGGGCGAGGCAUGGCUGGCAGCGCUCCUCAUCUUAACCUCCAUCUUCCCCCCUCUCCCUCCGUGUGCAGCCUGUGUUGCAGCGGACUGCAAGGAAGAGGCGUCAUACCUCAAGCAAUUCGCGGCUGGAAGCUCACAUUCCCUCUUCCUUGUCCGCCGCUACUCCUCCUUUCCUCCCUUCUCCCUCCCACUGCAGGUGAGUGGGGGCGGACGGAAAGGUGACGACGUGGAGAAAGGGGGAGGCGCAGACGGAAGCACCUAUUCCUUUCACCGUUCGUCGAUCCUGCGCUGUCCCUCCCUCUCCGUAACCUUCGCAGGUGAUCGGCGGUUGUCGGCAUCGUAUUCGCGUCGAGAAAGGGCAGGGCGCGUCAACCUGCGCUCCCAUUCCAUACGACGUCUGCCGCUCCUCCUCCUUUCCUCCCUUAUCCCUCCCUCGGCAGGUGAGGGGGGGCGGCCUGCGGCGAGUACGGGCAAGGCGCGAGUGGCAGCGAAUCUCCCCGUCUCCGUCCGGCCUUUCUCCUAUGUAACUCCAUCUCCCCCACUCUCCCACACCCUGGCAGAAAAAGCUGGUGCCAGCCUAUUUGCGAUGCUUCUCACAGGCCUGAGGCCCUUGAAUGGGUAUAGGCGGGGAUGGCGGCUUGUCAGGCCGUUCAACCUGCGCCAUGCUCACCAUAUUUACCUUGCUUUCCUUCACUCUACCGACCACCACAUCCACAGCCGACUAGCGGCGGCGGACGGCAAGGUGACGGCGGGGAAGCUCACCUUCAUCUUCUCGUAUCUCUGCCCCUUCUACUCCUUACCUCCCUCCCCCUCCAACAGCCAACAAGCGGCGGCGGUCGGCAAGGGUGAGCGAGUCAAGGGUGGGUUCUCCCUCACGUGGCAUUGUGACGAGAAGGGGAUGCCGUUUGCAACGGUGCAGUUUGAGAUCUUCAUUGCAGCUGCGUACAGUCGGAACUUGGAUGGCAAGACCGUCAGGGUGUUCCCCUACACCCUGGGUUACGCGCUGUACGGGGCUGAGUAUCCCAUCCUGCAUUACACUAGUGGGAAGAUGGGACUCCCCACGAAGGAUUCACCAAAUGUGCACAACGCCGCGCGCAUGUGCGCCAUCGUGCGCAACUGGCUGCGGACAGCCAUCCUGCAGUGGGCUGGGCAGGAUGAUGGGCCAGUAUGGGUGGCUGACGAAGAGGCAUGGAGGUUUAGCCCCGGCAAGUACUUCAACGUCUUCAUCAAGUACCCACACUUAGAGGAAGUGAGGGGCCUCCCGGAGGAGAUUGUGGGGGAUGAGAAGGAGGACAAGGAUUUUGCAGAUGUUGAUGCAAGCGUGGGAGGCGAGGAGGACGAGGAUGAGGAUGUCUAG